AUGCUAUAGUCUUAUCGUGUUUACAUAGACAUAGGUAACCUGUAUUUGGAAACACUGUCUGAUACAUGUACAUUUGCCAACAAUGAGUUUCGUUAGGUAUAGAGGCGUCGUAGCAGGAGGAAUAUGUGUAACUCUUCUAUGUUGUUUUUACAUUUUCGGACGAAGCUAUCAGGGCGACAAACAGUUGGCAUUCAAGGAGAAUCAGAUCAAAGACAGUUCAAUUGACUACAUUACGAAGAAUACAUGGAACGAUCGCAUACAACAUUUACAAAAAGGGUGCUCCCAAUCUGACGAAAAGGACAAAUACAAAAUCCAAUACCGUCAAAGCACAGCGAUAUUUUUCCAAUCAAAGAAGCUUAAUAUCAGUGUGUGUAAAGUGGCAAAGGCAGGAAGUACAUUUUGGGCGAUUGUGUUUUUAAUAGUACAAAGGGGCAUGCCCGCUACUCAAGCAUUUAGCAUUCCUAGACAUAGGAUACAUGCAAUGACUGGCGGAAUUACUAAAACACUACGUGCCAGUCAUGAACAACUGGGAACAACUGGUGUUGUUGUUUCUCGUGAUCCGUACUCAAGAUUAUUUUCAGCCUUCAUUGACAAGUUUUUCUUAUUAAGGUUUGUACAAAAUGCUAAAUCACUUGCAACAUCAUUGAGAAAGGGACUGUUUAUGACCAAAGCUGGAGAAUGUGGAUACAAUGUUUCAUUCCAAGAUUUUGUGGACAGCGAAACUACAAAAGCUCUACAGGGAAGAGGUAUUAAUCGACAUUGGUGCCCUGUAUACACUAUGUGUAGAGUGUGUGACGUGGAAUAUCAGUAUGUAAUUCAACAAGAGACGUUGACCAGGGAUACGGAGUAUAUUAUUGAUCAGCUUAACAUCAGUAGCGAUAUAAAAACAACACUGACAAAAAUGUUUCAUGGAUCUGGUAAGAACAGCACUAUGGAAGGUGUAAUAAAAACUAUGUGGAGUGCCAUCGAUAACCCUGCAAUGCAAGCAUGUUGUAGCAAGAAACUCGCCUACUUCAUGAAAAUGUGGGAGGGAUUCAAAAUACAAGGCUACAUCAGAACAGAUAUAUCUUUUCCCUUAUCAGCCUUUCAGGCAAAAAACAGUGUAAACGUAGAAAAAAUCACUAAAGCUGUUAUAACUGCAAUGAAUACAAACCCUUUAUCAAGCGAAGAACGAAAAGCACAACGCAGACAAGCUUUAGUGAAAGCAUAUGAAGGCAUGCCUAAACGUAUUAUAUAUAGGAUUCAGGAAAUGUAUAAAAUGGACUUUUAUCUAUUUGGCUAUGAUAAAAAUCCGCCAUCUUGAUCGUUAUCUAGUUUGGUAUGUUGCAUAAUAGGUUAACUUAGUGUUAUCAAAACAUUCUUUUUUCUUUUGAAGACUUAGGUAAUCUGACGAUCACCUUGGGGAAGCAUUUCCCCAAAAACAUUACAACUGAUAUGGCACGUUAUACAAUUUUAAAUAGUGUGUUACUGUUUACACACCGUGGUAUGUAACCACUUUCAAAACCGCCAAUUGGUCAAUUGUAACCUUCAACAAUCUGAUUGACUAAUCUCUGACCUUUGACCACGGACUACUUUUACUACUCUCAUGACCACUUAUUCUUUUUGUCGUCUGUUAUUCAAAAAAUCAAAAUGGACACGUUCUGAGAACUUGCUAGGUGUCAAAAUUGGCCUAAUUGGAUGAAAGGAGUAUUCUCAUAGAUAGGCUGAUUACUAUGGGGUUUUAACGUACGAAAUAUAAUUUCAUAUGCUAUUAUAGAUUACGCACGGGAGCAAGAUAUUGAAUUGAUCAUGGCGAACGAAAACUGACACUUCCCACCUCUCCCAUGAUUCUCUAUACGCAGUGGACCCUGAUAGCCAUGAAUGGAUCAUCAAAACAAACAACAAACGUACGACAAAAUCGCUGUCCAUAAUAGCAGUCAUUAGAAUGAGACAUCGCAGCAUCUAACGUAGGCCUAAGCCUUCAGCUUCCCUUUUCCCUGGUACAGUGGUAACUAGGUCGUUUGCAUUCGGUACGAAUAUUGUACCAUAAAAAAAAUAACACAUUCUUAUCAUUCAACUUAUCAUUAUAACGACUGUAUAUCCCAAACUCAAAAUUGUAAAAGUCCAUAAAACGUGUCCGUAAAUUGAUAAGAUAUUUCGUGUAAACACACUGACAAACGUGAAAUGCACAUACAUGUAUUGCUCAACACUCCAGCUCGGUUUCCGAAGUAUUUGUAGAAAUGCAUGGUGUCCUGAAUGAAUAAAUCUCAGGAUGAACAUUUAGCAUCACUAUAAACAAUAAUAAUAGCAUUCUUUCGAAAUCCGGGGGAACCGAUUAUCAAAUCUGGCGGUUUAAUUAAUCUAAUAAUCACAUGUGACGUUCGACUUCGCGGUGUCGGAUUGAAGAUUUGAGAGUUAUCUAAACAAGUGUGCUAUCAAUAAAACACACAAACACAAUGCUCGUCAAACUUUUAUUUCAUUUUGUAAAAAAUAUAUAAUUUAUAAAUAGAACUAUAUAAUACAAAUUAUAUUAGCUGUAUACCUAAAAUUUAAUGUGAUUUUUUGCCUUCAUUAUGAACUAUAUUUUGUCUUGUAAUGAUUCGGUUCACAGAAUUUAGUUGCUAGUAGGGAUAAUUCGAACUCGACAUUUGUAAGUAAAGAGGUUAUUGGACAAACGUGUUCCCAAACGAGUGACGGUUGUUUAGCAUGCUUAAAAGAAAAGACACUCGCUAAAGCUCUGGUCUUUUUUAUUUGAAAAUUAACAAGCUCGAGUUAGAUUAAAUUAUAAACAACCGUCACUCGUUUGGGAACCUAUACUUCAUCUUAGCUCAAUUUACAAUAUCGAAAACAAUUGACUGUAUCUUACAGUUCUGAUAUGAAAGAAAGGGAUUGAUUGUUCACCGUUUUGCCAUCACAGCUAUGAGGAUUCAACCUUAAAUGUCUAAAUCCACAGCCACUGUCUAGGCAUUGUUGUAGAAUUAUAUGCCUGACGUAUGUCAAUUUCGAUAAGCGUUUUAUCCCCUUUUCUGUAUCAUAUCGUCCGCAUUGUUCAAUUUAUUUUGAUUUUCCUUUCUUUAGAUUUCACACUGUCGGUACCUAGUAUCACUCACUCAAAAGUUUAGAAUAGGUAGUUUGCUGCAGUUUUAUACAUAAGCUUGUAUAUAGUUUACUGAUUUGCUACAUACAUGUACAGAAGAUAUAUAGGGGAUAUUUAAUGGUUUGCCGUUUGAUAUAAAUAUGCUGUAUUUCUAGAUGUAUGCUAGAUUUUUUGGUAUAUUUUUACGCGUUCCUAGCACGAGAAAAUAUACACGAGUGAAAUAUAUUUGAUCUUAAACGGUAAACCAUUAAUUUAUUGUUUAUCACGUUUCGAAUGAGGCCUUUAAAUUAUUUUAUGAAAUAUUUUCUACACUUGCCUACUGGAAAGUAGCCAGACAAAUCCGUCAAAUGACAACCGAUCGAGUCAGCUGAUCUGGAUAAGUGCGCAUUUCAAAAUAUUAUUACUAUACAAAAUAUAGUUCCAUAUUGUAAAUAUAUAUAUAUAUGUUAUGAUAAAAGACUCUUAUAAACUCCAGUUCGUGUUUAUUAGUUCCUAAAACGCAAUAUUUUAUCAAUUAUCUAUGUAAACACUGUAGUUGGAUACAGCUGUUUAAUGAUAAUAAAACGUAGUUAUUCCUGUGACCAUGCAGCAGGAAAGUAAUUCCGGCAAAGCCUUGUAUUUUCACUGCAAAAAUCUUAUCUUUUUACUGCUCAUCACUGCAUUAAAAAAUUUUUUUCCAGUUUAAUAAUUUUCUGUAUUUCACAGGCAAACAUUCUAUAUAAACAUGUACACUUUUUGUAUGUGCCAUUCACAUAUAUUUAUAUUCUGAGUGUUGAUUCUUUAUAUGAACAUACCAAGUGAAAACAAUAAAACAUUUGACCAUGAAACGCUAUGAAAACAGUAUGAAAACGUCGUUUCACGUGCUGAUUUUCCACACAUUACAUCAGAAAAAUAUUAAUACGCUUGAAAAAUAGUCACCGUUUCAUUUCCGUAAAUGAUAUUUUCUUUGUCAUCUAUUCACAUAAAAUAAAUCUAGUUUAACACGAAUUAUUGUAUUCGAUGUUAUUUCAUGUCUUUUUGUUUUGAAUAACAAGCGAAAAAAAAAAAAAAAA